UAAAAAAAAGACAUUUAUAAAUGGAAAAAUAUAAUUUUUCUAAUAGAAACUGUGAACACUUGAUAAUGUAUUAUUAUGAGUACACUGAUGUAAUAUAUGUUGUUUAACGUAAACAAGUUUAUAGAAGUUUGUGAUGUAUUUAUAUACUCUAUAUAAUACCAAAGGCUAUAUGAAUAUAAUAGUACAUUUCUAAUAAGAAGAUUUAUAUAAAAUUGAUAUAACGAGUAUCUAUAAAUAGAAGAUACUUGCACAAUGUCGAAUUCUAAGAAAAGUUCAGAAUAUAAUCAGGAAAAACCUGCAAUUAUUGAAGAGUCACAAGCAGCAGUGAACAAAAAAGAAGAUACAUCAGUACGACCUAAGUGUAAGCUAGAUUCGCGUGGUUGUUUAAAUCUUCAGGAUAUUCUGCUGAUGUUUGAUAGUCCUAUAAGUCAGGAACGAGCUUGGGCAUUGUGUUAUCAAAUAGCCAAUAGUUUAUCAUGCUUAACAGAAAAUAAGUUCUAUGAAAUAUUGGAACUUUCACAAAUUAUACUUCAUAAAGAUGGAGAUAUCUGGCUUGAAAACUUAGCAGGUUCUAAACAACCUCUUGUUUCGGAAGAGAAGGCGGUAUUCUCACUGGGCAUGGCAAUUUUUAAAGCCUUGGACUUUGGUUCUAACGCAGGAGAGGAAAUAGCUUUGUUACCAGACUUAGAAGCUCUCAUUACAUUGAUGACAAACUGCAAUCGAGUUUGUGAAGGUGAGGUAGAAGAACGUCUACAAGAGACUGACGAUGAAGGCAUCGAGCGAGAUUCUGGUGAUACUGAUGCAGAGGAUUAUGUGCUGAAAACUACAGAAUCAUACACAGACAGUCCCACAUGUACUUUAAAAACUGUUCUUCAAAUAUGUGCAAGACAUGUGCAAAGUUUACACGAAGAUGCUGAUAAUUAUUACAAAAAUAUGAUACAAGUAUUUGUGGAAGAAGCUCUUAAUCUUUCCCAGUUUUUAGAAAAAGUAGUUGUUGACAAGCAAUCACAAGAUUUGUUCAGUCCAAAUAAUGUUGAUCGUAGCUCAACUUCAUUGCAGAACAUUAAUACAGUGGAUUUUAAUGAUUGGACGGACAUUAGAAUUUGGAGGGCUAUACAAGCUAGAUUUUGGGUUCAAGUUAUUAGCGAGCUGAGACGAGGAGUGAAAUUAAAGAAAGUAGAAGCUAAUUUGGGUUCUCGCAUGUCUUCGCGCGGACAAGGAAGUCUCUCAGACUAUAAGCCGACGGCAUACGAGAGUCUGAUGAAUGAUAUUAGAGAAAGACGAUAUCAUCUCAGAAAAACCCCGCCCACGCCGUCAAGAAAGGACACACAUGCAAUUAUUCUUGAAUUUAUUAGAAGUCGACCACCUCUGAAAAAGGCCUCGGAAAGACGAUUACGACCACUACAAAAGGAAAGUACCCUCAGAGAGUUGCUCAUGGAAAGCAUAAAAAAACCUCCAAAGCCUCUAAGAUCUUCUAGUUCAAGACAAACUGAUUCCAAGAUUGAAGAAAUAAUAAACUGCAAUACAAGUGGCGAAUCUCGUAUGAUAGUCCUCGGGGAGGUACCACCUUCGCAGCCAGAGCAAGAGCAGGAAUCUGCACAGGAUGUUGCGGCUCAAUGGCAGUCGGAGGAUCAGAGGACGUCGGCAAUUAGCGGUAGCGUUCUGGCGACAUCGAGCCGUAGGAUACAAGAUGUACCGCCGGUGCCACAGCCACGGCAAAGGAUUACCAAGGAAAGACCCAAUAUCAGGGUCUUACCUUCCAAUAGGAAUCGUAAGUCGCGUAGAAGGCGCAUUACAGAUGCAGAUAUAACGCAGAACGGAGAAGAUAUCAAUGAACAUGAAUUGUUGCCAAAGCCAUCUGGAAGAAAUUUGGAUAUUACUAGGCGAACCAAGAAAGUGAUACCUGUCGACUUUGAUUUAAAGGGGGGCAAGCGCCUUUCCUGUUUCCUCUUACGUACCUUGUACAUGGAUGUACAAGAUGUAUAUGUGUCGAUAUUCAGAAAGGAAUGUAUAGAGAAGCCUGAAGUUAAUAAACAGAAGUAGAGUUAUUGGAAAAUAGUGGACGAAUGUGUUAUCAGACUGGCCAAACUGUAAGAUAUAUAGGUGAAACAUAGAAGUAUAAAAGAGAAGACGUGCUCAUUUGCAGAGUGACUGUCCGAAAGAGGAAAAGCCUAGGUUUGAAUCUCGGCAGUGUCC